GUUUAUUGUUUUUUCAUGCAAAUCACUUUCUCUAGGUUUUUGAAGUGUGUGGUGGAGAUAACAAAGGCUAUAUAAGCAGAGAGGACUUUAAAGUUGCUGUAGUAAUGUUGUUUGUUUAUUAACCCUCAAAGUUAAAGGUGGAUUCAGUAAUGCCUUCUGUGAGACCAUGACAUUCAGGUCUGUUAUUUGAAAAGUUUUUAAAUCUCAUGAGUGCAAAGAAGGCUACAUUGUUAAACAGUAAUGAAACACGGCAAAUAUUUAGAGCUUUUGUUGUGCAAGAUAGGGGAUUUUUCACUUUUGAGGACUUCAAGAAAGCCUUCAAUUCUUUUUCUCCGAAGUUAUCUGAAAGAAUCGUAGUUGAAGAACUGAGAUCAUUAUUCCUGGAUAGCAGACUUUUUGUUGUUUAUAUUUCAGUUAAUUGA